GCCAGAGCAGAGCAUCAUCCAGCCCCGGCCAUGGCACCGCUAGCGCGACGCCUGCUGGCUGAACUCUCGGACUACAGACGCAACGCUUCCUCUUUUGAUCACUUGCUGUCUCUCUCGCCCGUCUCCGACGAAGAUCUCCUGACAUGGCAUGCUCGCCUCAAAGGUCCCAAAGAUUCGCCAUUCGAGGACUUCGACUUCGAUCUCAGCAUCAAAGUGCCUGAAGCCUAUCCGAGCAAACCGCCAUCAAUCUACUUCACAACUCAGCUGUGCCAUCCAAACGUCGCAGUCAAGACUGGAGAGAUCUGUCUGGAUGUGCUCCAGAGCGAGUGGUCGCCAGCAUGGACACUUGCGAGCGCGUGUACUGCCGUUCAAGCACUGCUCGCCUGUCCCGAGCCUUCUUCUCCUCUCAACGUCGACGCAGCCAAUCUUGUGCGAUCGGGCGACAAGAUGGCCUACUAUUCGAUAGCGCGUCUCCGUCCAGCGCUACUCAGCUUCCGAAUAGCUACAGUCCAAACAGUCGCUUGUCCUGAUACAGCGAUCACAGACUGCACCAGUACAACACCCAUUCAGACUCGCUGUCAUAUCACUAGCUAG